GUCUUUUAAUAUUUUGUAUAUCUUUGAACUUUAAACAUGGCAAACAUUCUUUACGUUCACUGCUGAUACAAUUUUUGUGUGAAUGCAUAAAAUCUGCUGUAUUAAAGCUUAUGAAAGCGCGUUUAUUCAAUUUCAAUUUUCAUCGUGAAAGAUCCCAUUGUUAAUACUGAACGUAAAAUAUUUUUGUCACGAUUAUUGAUUACAUUACACUGUCCCAAAUGAGUCGUAUAAACAUUAUUUUAACUAAGAGCCACGUAAUUAAAAAUGCUAAUUGAUAUGGUAAUGUUGCCGAUGUACCUCUGACUUUCUUUCACGUCCAGAUUCUACGAAACGGCGUGGAACACAAGUGGGAGGAAUUUCUCGACGAAUAUUGAUUUAUAGUUCGAUCAUUAACCUACGUCACGUAGAUCCUUGAACGGCCGCAUACUUUUUUCUUUAUGCAAAAAUAAAUCAUGUAUUCGGUGUAUUCGUGGCAAAACAGAUUGUAGUAAACACUUUAAAAAAACGUGUUCUGAAUUACAAAUGUUUUGAAAUACAAAAUAGCAUGGACCCACAACUUUUUACUCCGAUCCGUUGAAUUGUCAUCGACAUUUCAAGGGUUACAAUUAAAUAGUUUUAAUUCUAAAACAGUCAAAUAAAUUUUUCUAUGUUUUCAUUCUUUGCAAUAACUUUCUACUUUCUGUCCGUAUCUUUGGUGAAGGACUCACAGUGUCUUAAGGAAUUCUAAGGACCUAACUCAGCUGGGAGAACCGGAUGAGCAGGAUUGGCAAUGAACUCCGUAAACUUCCUAUCGUAUGCAAACUUGUCUUUAAUUCGCUCCGUACGAACACGUGUAUUUACAAAUUUUUAUUCUGCUUUCCAACAUUCGUGUAACUUGGUUCGAUCGUUAAACGUAACCAAUGGAGACACAAUUAUUAUUUAUUUAUUAGUAUUUUUAUUACGUUUGGGCGUGACGCCUAGCGUAAUCUUUAUGUCUACAUUUUGUGUACAAGUCUUAAUACCUGUUAUUAAGAAAAAAAAAAAAAAAACUUUGUGCUUCUAUACAAUGCUAUUAAUAAUAUUAAUAUUUUAUGUAAACCGUACUGUACUUGCGGGCCAGUGUUAUACUAUGUACUCCUAACGAUCUGGGUCGUACUCCGAUCUCGUAUAAUUUCGUAUAAUUCUACACAUUUUCGUGUGAAUUAAGUAAUUUUCAUCUAUCUUUUUAUCAUAUCAGCGACAUUACUUUUACUUAUAUCUAACAAACUACCAAUUUCUUGAUAACGUUUCAUAUCUAUCGGGAACUGUUCCAAUUUUUAUCUACGGUCCCAACGUACGAGAAGUAUUGAUAUCUAAUUGAAAAAAUUCCUAGAGUUUUUAAAUUCUGUGUGAACAGGAUCUACUAAACCGAUGAAUUCACCCGGAAUUUAUAUAUUUUUCUUCUUCCUCAUCGAUUGCAUUCAGUUUACAUUCGUAUACAUACACAUGUGUAGUGGAGGAAGUGCAUUAAUCGAUUCAAUAAGAAUAAAUUCGACAAAUGGAUUAUAAUUAACGAUAUGAACCGACAAUUUUCCAACUAUACUCUAGCCUGCGAAUAUUUAUGAGUGAGUGUAUUCGUAUCACCAAGCCAUAGUAGUUUCUCUCAUUGUGUUAUAAUUAGGAUUAGGAGAAAAACAAUGUUUUUUUUUCUCACGAAAGUUUUUGGUAAUUGGGUGGAGAGUGUGUAAAUACCAGUGGCCAGUGUGGAUUCUGUUCCUGAAAGCAGCAGUGGGGAGACUGGGAUUUCGUAGACGUCACUGGCAUGUGGCACGAGUGGCAUCGAACGAACAAUAUAACCAAGGAACGGAGAAAAUCUAGCCAGUUUGCAGAGAUCGUUCGGCAAGAGUGGGUUGUUCUAUCGUUUCCACUCGCCCGAGUCCACGUGAACUUUACCAAGCCUCUGCAUUUUAAUACUUGUACAAUUAGAGCAAUUUUUAGCUUGGCAUCACGCCUGAAUAGGCGCAAAUAUUAGUUUCUUAAUUGAUAGUAUUUGUGUGAAGUACUCAAUCCUUUAGAUUAUCUGUAAACGGGAAAGGUGUUGGCGAUAAUUGCUCGAGCAAAGUGAAACAGCAAUUAUGAAGAGGAACUUGAGAACUUUUGUGCCACUUGCUGUUGUCUUGAUACUCGGAUGUCAUGCCCUGAGUGUCGCUGCUUCCGCGAUACCUAUGUGGGAGUUUCUUUCAAGGGAUGAGAAAAUGAGCUACUUGUACAGAGUAUUCAGCCAACAGGUCACCCAAUUUUGUGGAGAUUCCUCGAUGCCCGAUUGCAAUAAAAAUCUGUUAGUGUCUGGACUCCGAAACUUGGCUAACAUGGACGAUAGUGCUCUCGAUAAAUUGGAUCCAUAUCAGCGAGGUGCAAAAGAAAUAAUUUGGCAUGCUAUGAUAAAGAACACAUUUUCAACAAGGCUCGGGCAUGGAUCCGAUGGAUCUUAUUUUACCACAGGUACCGAUUCAUUGGCCACCAGCGAUAGUGAUACAAACGGCAUAGCAGAUGAAACGAUGGUAGUGCAUGAUUAUAUUCGGCCGUCGGAGCAUACUGGACCUUAUCUGGUUGGGCCAAUGGUUAUUCGAGUAUAUCCAGACGGACGUCCGGUUCCGGAAGAUACGACACGCCCUUUACCUCGCGAUGAGGACGUAGAAGAGUUCAAACAUCCUCGAUUGCCUUCCAUCGAGGAGGUCCAAGUGAACAGGGACACGACGUAUCGCGAGAAACAGUCGAAAGGAAACUCGUUUCCGGAGACUAAGAGUCAUCAACGAUCUUAUGAGGAAUCCGUUCAUCCUCGAAACGAUUAUCCACCGUUUAAGAGACGACUAUUCCAGGAAGUGAUCGCUAAACGCAAGCUACAUUAUUAUUAAAAAUAAUGAAGAGAAAGUUGCGAGAAGUUUGGAACAAGUUGGACAGAUAUUGAAGAAUCGAGCUUCGUGGAAUAUCUUCGUUAGAUUUAAUGAGGACUGUCCUCCUAAAGAAAGUUAGUAAUAACGAGUCAUAGAUAUGCAUAGUAAGUAGUGAAAUGUAUUUCGAGGUGCUGCUGAACAUCAGAAUUGUUUUUCAAUUAACAAUUCUGAAUUUCCGUGAAAGAGACGAUGGUCUCUCUGAUAAUAGCAGUAAGUUAGGAUUGUCCGUGGGUAAACUUUUUCUGCGGGGAAAUCUGUUUUUAUUCAAAAAUUUAUUUUGUUUGAAUCUACGCAUCAAAUAAUAUGCAAAAAGAUCAAUUUCGAGUUUAGCAACUUAUUUUGUUGAAAAGUUAUUAAGCGCGAAAAAGAUUCCAAGUAGUUUGGAUGUGUUUUCAAACCUUUCGUAUGGCAUUUAACUCAAUGUCAGAGAUAUUUUGAAAGCUUCUAAUUCAUCACUCUCGUAAGAUUUAUAAUGUGAAAAAUAAAUUACUUGAUGAAUGAAAAAGAAGAAAGUGUAAAGUCCUGGCUAUCGGAAUUUAUUCAUUCAGAACAUUCUGCUCACUAGAAUCAACUCAAAUAUUAAAUACGAAAAAUAUCGAAAAUCGUAUAGGAAGAAAGAAUUUAAUUAAACUAAAAUUUACAAAUAUCAAAUACUAGUCAAAUUUUCAACGAAUGAAUUCCUAAACACAAAAGUGUUUUUUAUGCAAAUUAUUUCAUACGUGGAUGCGAUCGAAAUAAAUUUUGAGUGGAAAAAGGAUUUCCCAGAGGAAAAUUUCACAUUUGCUCGUAGAUACUUACUAGAUGAUUAUGAUGUUUUCCGCUUCCAGCGAUAUCUUAAAUAUGUAUAAGGGAAUGAAGGAGAGUAACAAUUUUUGAUACGUUAACACGUUAGUUGUUAAUUUGAUAAAGUUUAGUGGCGAUGAAAAGACUGCUUUUGCUAAUGAUAUUCAUGUUAAUUAUCAUAUCAAUCUCUGGAAGGAUUCAGCAUAGGUAGUAUGAUAUUUAAUUGACGAUUGGUCGACAGUGAAAUCAUCUCGUUAGCUUUCAAUGUUAAGUUUAUUAUAUUGAUUAAUCUCGACACUUUUCGAACUCUGUUGCGUACAACGAUUCAUUGCGUUUCUUAAUUGUUUUAUACAGGAACAAAAUGUCGACCAUGAAUAUCUUCGAUCAUACGCUUUCUCCAUUAAUUUAAUAUUUAUUGUAUCAUACAAAAGCUACCAUUUCAUUUUACACUAAUUCCAUCUAAAAUGCGCUUGUGAUUAAUGAAUAUGGAGGAGUCCAUUUUUUCACGUGUCUUUCUUUUUAAUCACACUUCUUCUUUGUCCUUACGAAGAAACGUGCUUACGUAGCACGUAGGGGAACUUACCUCGCUGAAAAUUUAUUUUUCACGCUCUUUGUGUACAUACAUAGGUAAUCUGAGUUUUCUCAUUUCUAUGUGAAUUUUUCAAUCGAAUUUUUUUCGUACGAAAUAACUCGUAGGCUUAUAAAAUUUUUUACGAAAUUAUUGGCUCCUACAAAUAUUUUUAUGCGAAUAGGAAAUAAAAUGUGAUAUUUGAUUUGAGCAGAACCUUCCUCCUAUUUUAUAAUAAUCAUGUCCUUUCCGUCUUAUGUCUUUUUUUAUUGAGCUAUAUAAAAUUUGGUCACGCUCACGCGACAAUGCACCACCACAAUGCUCCGUUCUUUAGGUUAGGUCCAUGUUGGUUACAGCCCAUGAGCGAGCGUUAUUGUCUUAUCCCGUUAUUAGUUACCUUAUAAUCCAUUAUAAUCAACUCGAAACAAAGAGAUUGAGGAAAAGUUUAAAUACAAUAUUUCAUACUUA